UUCCAGUAACCACUUCAUCUUGAUAGAAUAUUCAACAACAUCCGCUUUACAGCUACAGCUCUGAAAAUCUUGAGAAUUUAGAGGGAGAUAAAAAUGGGAGGAUCAAAGUCAACACAACAGAAAGACCAAAUAGAAGAUAAACCGUGGAGGAAUUUUGAUUGGGGUGAGAAAGAAGCGCUGCAAAGACACCUGGAAAACUUUUCUGAGAGGAAACCGGAUGUAAAUGUCAGGAUUCUGGUGACUGGACAAAUUGGAGCAGGAAAGUCCAGCUUUAUUAACUCGGUCAACAGUGCCUUUCAAGGAAAGAUUGUGUGUGAAGCGCUCGUUGAUGCAACUGUUGGUACUAGUAGCAGUUUCACACAAAGAUUCCAAACAUAUCGCAUCUGUAAUAAAAAUGGAGAGUUGCCUUUUGUCUUUGGUGACAUCAUGGGUUUAGAAUCUCCUUCGUUGUCUGGGUUACAAGUAGAUGAUGUCAUCAGCACCAUACUUGGCCAUGUGACGGAGAACUGUAAAUUUCAAGCAGGGAAGACACUCACUUCUGAAGAUGAUAAUUACAAUAAAAACCCUACAGUCUCUGACCAGAGCUUCUGCUUGGUUUACAUCAUAGCUGCUGAUACAGUCACAUUGGCAGAUAAAGUACUGUUUGAAAAGUUAAGGCUCAUCCGCCAUAGAAUCAGUGAUCAAGGGAUUCCUCAAGUGAUUGUCAUGACAAAAGUGGAUGAAGCAUGUCCACUGGUGAAGAAAGAUCUAAGAAAGAUUUACACUAGCACGAAGAUUAAAAAGCUGGUGGACUUCUGCAGUGCUGAAGUGGGUGUGCCAAAGACCUGUAUCUUUCCAGUAAAGACCUACCAUGAUGAGAUCAACACAAACCCUGAUGUUGAUGUUCUGAUUUUGAAGGCCCUCGAUCAGAUUGUGGACUCUGCUGCCAGAAGAUUUCAGAAAGGCUUUUACACGCUGAAAUGAUAUUGCUACAGAUAUUGAAAGCAUGUAAAAUAUGACUACUGCUAACAAUGUGUCAUUAAAGGGAAAUAAUG